GCAACAUCCGAGGGAAGUUCCUCCGGCUGGACCCGUCCAAGCUCCCCGCGAACCCCCCGAAGGGGCGGAAUGCGACGAAGAGCUGCAAAGAGGCUCGCGGCAAAGAGCACUGGAAGCACCUCCGCUACGAGGACUUUGAGCCUCUGAGAUUGCUUUGGGACCAGUACAUUCGGGACCUGUCUCCAGAGAACGACGACGAGCUAUCCGCCAUCUUGGCCCGUGCCGACUUGCACGGGAGCAGUCUUCGAGUGGCCCAGGCGAGGAACCCAGGCAUGGUACGCUUGGCGGGAACGGUCAUCGAAGAGACACAGAAAACCUUUCGGAUCAUCACGGCCGACAACCAGGUCAAGGUGCUGCCAAAGGAGAGCUCCGUCUUCGAGGUUCAGGCCCUUGGCCGCUCCUUGCGCCUGCUGGGGCCCUCCUACGUCCAGCGCUGGUCGGAGAAGGGGCCAAAGGCCUUGAAGCCGCCGGAGCGGUG